GAGAGAGAGAGGGAGGGAGAGCGUGGUUGCGGAGAGAGAAGGGGAGCAGCGGGAAUGGAAAAGGUGAUGGAGUUCGGCUAAGGAAGGAGAGAUGAAUUCUUAAUUUGGCAAGUUUCUGGUGAAUUUACAAAGCUAUUAGUGGACGGAUUCUUGCUGUAAAAGCCUUUUUCUGGCUGAUUGAUUGGGUUCUUUGAGGAUUCGAAAGCGGGGAUUACGGUUUUGAAUCGGAUUUAAGACCCCGGAGAGAAAUUGAGACAGGGCAUGUAUGUACAUGGCUGCGUCGGAGGCUUCGGUGAAGGCUACCAAUUGCCGUGGGGAGAGCACUUCCUCGGCCUGCAGCGAGCCUCACAAGAGUGAGGCUGAGAGGAAUAUGGCGUCAGAGGUCGGCUGCGGCUUUGCAGGCGGAGUCUCUUCUGGUUUAGAUAUGGAUGGUGCGCUUGAGAACGAGCUGUGGCACGCUUGCGCCGGACCGCUCGUGACAGUCCCACGCUUGGGUGAGCGAGUCUUUUAUUUCCCUCAAGGCCACAUAGAACAGGUGGCAGCGUCAACUAAUCAGGUGGCUGACCAGCAGAUGCCAGUUUACAACCUACCUGCUAAGAUCCUUUGCCGAGUUGUAAACGUCCUCUUAAAGGCCGAGCCUGAUACGGACGAGGUUUUUGCGCAAGUGACUUUGAUCCCCGAGUCCAAGCAGGAUGAGAGUACAGUGGAGAAGGAGUCACUUCCUCCUCCGCUGCCGCGGCCCCAUGUUCGCUCCUUCUGCAAGACACUAACUGCCUCGGAUACAAGCACCCAUGGUGGCUUCUCAGUGCUGAGGAGACACGCGGAUGAAUGCCUUCCUGCUCUGGACAUGGAUCGGCAACCCCCAGCUCAGGAAUUGGUUGCAAAGGAUCUUCAUAGGGUCGAGUGGCGAUUUCGACACAUAUUCCGUGGCCAACCAAGGAGACACCUACUUCAAAGUGGUUGGAGUCUCUUUGUAAGUGCAAAAAGGCUUGUUGCAGGUGAUGCUUUUAUAUUUCUGAGAGGAGAGAAUGAUGAGAUUCGUGUUGGAGUAAGACGGGCAAUAAGGCAGCAGCCAAAUGUCCCUCCUUCGGUUAUAUCUAGCCACAGUAUGCACCUUGGUGUCCUUGCUACUGCUUGGCAUGCUGUAAAUACAGGGACGAUGUUCACUGUUUAUUAUAAGCCAAGAACAAGUCCCUCAGAAUUCAUUAUUCCAUAUGAGAAAUAUAUGGAGUCCAUCAAAAGCAGCCAGUCUGUAGGGAUGAGGUUCAAAAUGAGAUUUGAAGGUGAAGAGGCUCCAGAGCAGAGGUUCAUUGGUACCAUAAUUGAUGUUGGUGAUGCGGAUUCAAAGAAUUGGCCUAGCUCAAAAUGGAGAUGCCUCAAGGUGAGAUGGGAUGAAACAUCUUCAAUUCCUCGACCAGAGAGAGUUUCUCCAUGGCAAAUUGAGCCUUCUGUGACCCCUCCAUCACCAAACUCUCUCCACAUAGCACGGCCCAAGAAGCCUCGAACCCAUACAAUACCGGCAUCUCCGGAUGCAUCGGUCCGUACAAAAGAAACUACAUCAAAGGUCCAGGUAAAUCCUUCCACUUGUGUUUUGAGGGUCUUGCAAGGUCAAGAAUCCAUGACCUUGAAAGAGGCAUAUACUGCUCGGAAGCCCAUGAUGUGGUCUUCAUCCCAUGAUGAAGUAAAAAAUAUAUCUUCCAUUCAGAGGACGUUGGGUUCAGAAGACCAGACACAAAUUAUGAAGCACGGAUCAAACUAUGGAGAUCCCUUAUUUCCGACAUGUAUUGGUUCACGAGUAUUAGGUUCAUCACAAUUUGAACAAAACAUAGAUGCUGUAAAUCUUUUGCGUUGCAACUUUCAGGAUCCACUUCCCCAACAGAGUAUUAUUUCAGGCAAAUGGUCUUUAUUGCCCCAAAGCUCGCACAGCAACAUGGAAUUAAACUUGAAGAUGGCAGCCCAACCUGAUAAGCCAUCUUAUCCUGGAAUAGGAAAUGGUAGAUUUAGUAACCAGGUGGGUUAUUUUCCUUUUGAAUUUGAGCAACCUACUCCAAAUUGGUUCACACAUUCGCUGCCAGAUUCCCAAACAGGGAACAGAACAAAGCCAAGUUUGAUAAAACCUCAGCCAUUGGAAUCAGAAAAAAAUCAGAUUGGGAAACUUAAAGGGAAUGGAAACUGCAAGCUUUUUGGGGUUCAACUUAAUAGCAAUUCUUCAGCAUCUGAGUUACCAUUGCCUCAGGCAAGUGUCUUAAAUGACUCGGAGGUUCAGAUUCAGCCAACUUCUACAUUGCAUCUAUCACUUACCAUGCAAGAUCACCAUUUUGAGCCAUCGGAAGCCCCAACCUUGGGAGAUAGUUCUACAGCAGCUACUAUCAAAGGGGAAAUUGUUCUUCCCUCUUUACGUAAUUUGAAAGGUGUACAAGUCAGACAGCAGGGUAGCUUGGCAAGAAGUUGCACAAAGGUUCAUAAGCAGGGAAUUGCUCUUGGCAGAUCUGUGGAUCUUUCAAAAUUCAGCAACUACGAUGAAUUAAUUAUGGGAUUAGAUCAAAUGUUUGAAUUUGAGGGCGAACUGAUGGCUCCCACCAAACACUGGCUGUUAGUCUAUACUGAUGACGAGGGUGAUAUGAUGCUCGUCGGAGAUGAUCCAUGGAGGGAAUUCUGCAUCAUGGUUCGCAAGAUAUUCAUCUACACAAGGGAGGAGGUUCAGAAGAUGAAUCACAGCUUGCUCGAUUCAGAGGAUAGUGCAGUUCCAAAAGGAUUAAAAGAUUUCAAUUGUUCAUCAAUAACUGAUGUAGAGAACUGCUAAUGCCAACUCUAUAAAUAGCUAAGUUAGCAGCGCUUAUUUGUAGGCUUUGAAUGGUAUAUUAUGCACUCAGUAGUGUGAAGUUUGGCUGUUGAUACAGGAUGAAGAGGACUCGCUGGGCUGUAAAAAUUUUAAUGGCUACUGAAAAGGCGUGGGGCAUACUUCCCAUGAUGGUGAGGCCCAUCUUAGCCUCUGGGAGUGCUGUUUGCCUCCUCUUCUUUAUCUACUACAGUUCUUGUGAUAGUGUUAUGGUGGCGCAGAAAAGUAUCUUUUUUGCACCUUUUUCUUGUGGGAUCAUAUAUUGUGCAAGAAAGUAAGAGUGGCCAUUCUCUUUCUUCCAGUCUUUUGUAAAUAUUUCUUAGUAUUAAAGUAGUUCAAAUAUUAAACUACUUGAUCUUUCUUAUUGUUUUUGUCUACCUUA